GAAGAAGAGGAGCAAUGGCAGCGUACACAUGUACCAUGCUUGUUGUGUAAAAAAAGUAGUUUUUUCAUUUAUUUUUCGCAACAUAUCGGUAAAAUAAUCUCUCACAAUGUCCGGAAGACAAAGCAACAAACUGCCGAACAACCUGCCGCAGCUUCAGAACCUCAUCAAGAGAGACCCUCAGUCCUACGUGGAGGAGUUCCUGCAGCAAUACCGACACUACCAGUCCAAUGUUCAGAUCUUCAAACUGCAACCUGACAAACCGAACAAGGAGCUGGCGGAGCUGGUCAUGUUCCUGGCUCAGGUCGGUCACUGCUACCUGCAGCAGCUGUCUACCUUCCCUCAGGAGCUGUCGGAGUUGCUGCUGAGUUACCACACAGUCGUAGAGCCAGACCUACGGAUGACCUUCUGCAAAGCGCUCAUUCUUCUGAGGAACAAGGAUUUGAUCGACCCCUCGGGCCUCCUGGAGCUCUUCUUUGAGCUGCUGCGAUGUCACGACAAACUGCUCAGAAAGACACUUUACACACACAUUGUUGCAGACAUCAAAAACAUCAAUGCAAAGCACAAAAACAACAAGGUCAACACAACGUUACAGAACUUCAUGUACACGAUGCUGAGAGACAGCAAUCCAAUAGCAGCAAAGAUCUCUUUAGACGUGAUGGUGGAGUUGUACAAAAGGAACAUCUGGAAUGACGCCAAAACAGUGAACGUCAUUACAACAGCUUGCUUCUCAAAGGUGACAAAGAUCCUUGUGGCAGGUCUGAAAUUCUUCUUGGGCAAAGAUGAAGAUGAGAAGAAUGACAGUGAUUCAGAAUCAGAGAACGAGGGGCCGUCAGCGAGAGACCUGAUGGUGAGAUACUCCACCGGCAAGAAAACCUCCAAAAACAAGAAGAAGAUGGAAAAAGCCAUGAAAGUCCUCAAGAAACACAAGAAAAAGAAGAAAGUAGAAGUUUUUAACUUCUCUGCCAUUCAUCUGAUUCAUGAUCCUCAAGAUUUCUCAGAGAAGCUCUUGAAGCAGUUGGAAGACUCUAAAGAGCGCUUCGAGGUGAAGAUCAUGAUGAUGGAGCUCAUAUCGCGACUGGUUGGAAUCCACGAGCUCUUCCUCUUCAACUUCUACCCCUUCGUCCAGAGGUUCCUUCAGCCCCACCAGAGAGAGGUGACAAAGAUUCUCCUGUGUGCUGCUCAGGCCUCCCACCAACUGGUCCCCCCUGAGAUUAUUGAACCUGUGAUCAUGACCAUCGCCAACAACUUUGUGACUGACAGGAACUCAGGAGAGGUCAUGUGUGUGGGUAUCAAUGCCAUCAAAGAGGUGACGGCUCGCUGUCCACUCGCCAUCACCGAAGACCUGCUGCAGGACCUGGCCCUGUACAAGACCCACAAAGACAAGAAUGUGAUGAUGUCGGCCAGAGGGCUGAUCCAGCUGUUCAGGAAUCUUAAUCCACAGAUGCUGCAGAAAAAGGACCGGGGGAGACCCACGGAGGCAUCAGCAGAGGCCAAGAUCAAGGACUACGGAGAGCUUGAGGCUAAAGACUACAUCCCCGGAGCUGAAGUCCUGGAGGAGGAGGAGGAGAAGAAGGAGGGAGAGGAGGACGAAGACGGCUGGGAGAGCGCCAGCAUCAGCGAUGAUGAUGAAGACGGGGAGUGGGUGGACGUCCACCACUCGUCUGAUGAAGACACAGGAGCAGUGGCGGAGAAGCUUCAGAGUAUACCAGUUGAAGAAAGGAAAGCCAAGGCAGCAGCUGUCAGCGGCAGCAGACUCCUCACUCAAGAGGACUUCAAGAAGAUCCGUCUGGUCCAGAUGGCCAAAGAGGUCAAUGCCGCGCCGGGCAAAGGCCAGAAGAGGAAACACGUGGACGUAGACGACAGCGACAACGAAGGGGAGCUGCUGACCCUGAGAAACAUUGAGAAACUGCACAAGAAACCAAAAGCAGACAAGGAGACACGACUGGCAACAGCAAUGGCGGGACGCACCGACCGGAAGGAUUUCAUCAAAAGGCGGACCAAGCUGAACCCGCACGCCAGCACCAGCAACAAGGACAAGAGGAGAACCAAGAACUUCAUGAUGAUGAGACACAGCGAGAACGUCAGAACUAAAGGCAAACGCUCCUUCAGAGAGAAACAGCUGGCUCUACGGAACGCCCUGCUGAAAAAGAGGAAGCAGUACAAGUAGGACACUUGUUGUGACUCCCUCAGGCCGGCUGUCAGAUGGCCUUCACCAUCCUCAACUUUGUCUGUGUCAAAGAAUAUUGUACAUCCUUUUACAUCCUGUAAAACUUAAGGCGUGUUAAAAUGUAUUGUUUCAACAGAUGAGCUUCACACAUUCACACCGUUCUGAAAUAAAUCAUCUUCAAUA